AUGCUGAGAAGGGGACGGAGCGGCCGGCCUCGGCCUUCGGCCUUGAGCGAAACCCAGCACACGAUGGACUCGCGGAUGAUUGAUUCGAUGAUGUCGAUAUCAGCUGAAGCAGAAGAAUGGGAAAGCCAGACAACAACGCAGACCACCUCUGAGCUGACGGAAGCAGCGGCCCCUUCCAGCCUGGCGCCUGUGCUUGGGGAGUCUUUCUGCCAGUGUGCCUGCGCAGACGACCCGAAUGCGGGCUUUGGUAUCAGCACCGAGUGCCUCUGUGGGGAAGACGAAGAUGACUUCGACUGGGUGUGGGACGAGCGCUUAAAGUCGUCUGGCGCCUUCCUCAGCUGCGACGAACGCAAGGUGAGCUUCCACUCGGACUACAGCUGCGGUACCGCCGCCAUCCGCGGCACCAGAGAGCUCACCGAGGGGCAGCACUUCUGGGAAAUUAAGAUGACCUCACCAGUCUAUGGAACUGACAUGAUGGUUGGAAUUGGAACUGCAGAGGUGAACCUGGAGAAGUUCAAAUAUAACUUUGGCAGCCUUUUGGGUCACGACGAGGACAGCUGGGGGCUCUCUUACACAGGUCUCUUCCAACAUAAAGGUGAGAAAGUUAAUUUCUCCUCACGGUUUGGUCAAGGCUCUAUUAUCGGGCUGCAUUUGGACACAUGGCACGGUACUUUGACUAUCUACAAGAAUCGACACUGCGUAGGUGUGGCGGCCACAAGGCUGCAGAACAAGAAACUCUACCCCAUGUUGUGCUCCACUGCGGCCAAAAGCAGCAUGAAGGUGAUCCGCGCCUGUUACACGCCCACCUCCUUGCAGUACCUCUGCUGCACGCGUCUCCGCAAAAUACUCCCCACUUCCGCCGAUGUACCGUCCGUCCUGGAGCUGCCUCCGGGCCUGUGCUCUCUCCUGCGCCGGCGGCUCGGCUGGGUGUUCUCAGUCACACCAGCAGAGGGGGGCGCCAGCCCCCCGUCUGAACCAGUCCUCAGUGCCUACCCCAGCCCAGUCCCAGAAGCUUGUUUUGAAUCGUCGUGCUCCCUACUCUGCACUCCAAUGCCUCCCAGCAGCAGCGACGACAACGAUGACAGCCCCGGGCCAGAAGAUCAUCAGAGUAAAAGAUGUCGCUGGAUAUGA